AUGUCCGUUUCCACACCAGCCCGACCGCACUUCAUCCUAGGCCACGCCUUCACCCUCGACAAGCUGCGCCUGCGCACCGCCGAGAUGAAGUUCGCAGCAGCAGCAGCUCCGACUCGGACGACGAGGAGGAGGAGCACCUUGAGAUGGCACACAACCGAGUCUGCACGGGCACAGGCUCUAGCCGUUCGAGGAGACGCGUCAGCGAAGUCUGCCGCCGCGGCAACCGGAGAACGACGGCAUGAACAGCAACGAGGACGAGGGAGUCGAGGGGGUACCGCAGACGGCGAAGAAGAGGGACUAGGCCGGGUGCGGUUCGCGAGUGCGGCUGCCCAGCCAGCGCGGGUCGCGGCCGAGUUCGCGGAUGUGCCGAUUGAGGGGGAGGAGGAGAUUGAAGUGGGCGACCAGCAGAAGUUCUCGGAGACGGAGCUGAAGCUGCUGUGCCAGAGGGAAGCCGACGAGCAGAUAAGAGCUGCUUAUACCAGAGUCGCGGGGUUUCCAUGCCAUGGGGAAACGGGCCCGCGCGUGGAGCGGUUGUGGAAGCUGCCGACGCGGAGUGGGGGAUGCCAGGCCCGCGGUUGGCGGUCAUACAGGUUGCGUGGUAGGGCUGGUGGGAUGGAGAAUGACUGA